GCGGUAUAUGGUGGGUGCGGAGCCCGGCCGGUCGCCUUUCGCCCUAGGACCGGCCAUGGCGUUGCGUGGCAUCAGUGUCGUGGAGCUGGCGGGCCUGGCCCCGGGCCCAUUCUGCGGGAUGGUCCUGGCGGACUUCGGCGCUCAGGUGGUGCGCGUGGACCGGCCAGGCUCCGUGGGCGACGUGAGUCGCCUGGCCCGGGGCAAGCGCUCGCUGGUGCUGGACCUGAAGCGGCCCGCCGGAGCUACGGUGUUGCGGCGCCUGUGCGCACGCGCGGACGUGUUGCUGGAGCCCUUCCGCUGCGGUGUCAUGGAGAAACUCCAGCUUGGACCAGAGAUUCUACUGAAGGACAAUCCAAAGCUCAUCUAUGCCAGGCUGAGUGGAUUUGGCCAUUCGGGAAGUUUCUCCAAAGUAGCUGGCCAUGACAUCAAUUACUUGGCUUUGUCAGGUGUUCUGUCAAAGAUUGGCCAAAGUGGUGAGAACCCAUACCCGCCGCUGAAUCUCCUGGCUGACUUCGGUGGCGGCGGCCUCAUGUGCACACUGGGCAUUCUGCUGGCCCUCUUUGAACGCACACGCUCUGGCCUAGGGCAGGUCAUUGAUGCCAACAUGGUGGAAGGAACGGCAUACUUAAGUUCUUUCCUGUGGAAAACUCAGCACAUGGGGCUGUGGGAUCAGCCUCGAGGACAAAACAUGCUAGAUGGCGGGGCUCCUUUCUACACAACCUACAAAACCUCGGAUGGAGCGUUCAUGGCUGUUGGUGCAAUUGAACCCCAGUUCUAUAAGCUGCUGCUCAAAGGACUUGGUCUCAAGUCUGAUGAACUCCCUGCCCAGAUGAGCGUAGCUGAUUGGUUGGAAAUGAAGAAGAAAUUUGCAGAUGUGUUUGCAAAGAAGACCAAGGCAGAGUGGUGCCAGAUCUUCGACGGAACAGAUGCAUGUGUGACCCCAGUGCUGACGUUUGAGGAGGCCCUCCACCACAGUCACAACAAGGAACGGGCCUCAUUCAUCACUGACGAGGAGCAGCAUGUAAGCCCCCGGCCUGCCCCUCAACUGUCUAGGACCCCAGCUGUCCCUUCUACCAAAAGGGACUCCUCCGAGGGAGAGCACACUGAGGAGGUGCUUAGAGAAUUUGGGUUCAGCCAGGAAGAGAUCAGUCAGCUGCACUCAGAGAGAAUCAUUGAAAGUAAGAAGCCGAAAGCCAACCUCUGACUCAGGCGCACAGCUCGAGUGAAUCUGAACACUGCAUCUACACAGGAGAAUGAUGCCCAUGAUUGUGUGUGUGGAAAUGUGGAUGCACAGUGAUGAAGUGCUCCAAGAACUUCAAUCAAGACACAACUAAAGGCUUGAUUACAGACGAAUGAUUGCAUUCUGAAGCUGCUUAUCAGAGCCUCUGACUGAGGAAUAUUUUUGUGUGUGUACUGAUAUUAACUUGUGGCAAUUUUCUGCCUUUCAGUUCACUUGAUAAAGUAUUCAUUUAUAUUAAAUCCCUUUUAUAAAUACAGCUAUGAUAUAUUUGAAAUGAACUAAUAUAAUUUUAAUAAGUAAAGAUUUUUUUUUUCUCCUGGAAGUGAAGAGUGUUUUUAAUUUUUAAAAGCUUUCUAGAAAGCCCAUUAAAUGUCAUGUAAAUAAUUUUCUCUGAUGCAUUGAAAUAUUGAGGCACUUCUGUUAACCAAAAUGCAUACUCCAUAAAAACAGCCACACCCUUUCAUUCACUCCUUGUCUUUGAAAUCAGAUGUUAGCAAAUGGUCUUGAAGUUUUCUUCAUAAAACUCUGCUUCAGCUCGCUGUACUGUGUGCAACUGGCUGGUGGCUUGUUCUCCGUCACCACAGUGCAAGUCUGCUAUGCCCCUCCCACCAGUGUCUGCUUCGGCACUGAUUACGUCUCCACCUGCCCCUAGAAGUCCUGCUUCUCUUCUCAAAAAUCGCAAUGAAGAGCAGUUUUAAUCACGCAAAUAAAUAAACAAGGAGGUAUUUAUUCCACAGGUGACACAGAGAACAACUGGCACCAAGAAGACAUCCUACUGAGCUGCACGUCAGUGAGGGCCCUGACUGACAGCUGGGAUGAGCUUCAGGUGCAAAGUGAGCUGCUCCUCUCUGCAAAUCUCUGUUACAGCUUCAAAGAUGCUAAUAGCUUUGUCAUCGUUGUCCUCUGGUCAGAGGGUCAUGGUUUAUCCUGCCCAGUGCUGGAGUUCACAUUUCCAUAGCAACCUUAUCCCUGAUCACUUACUGGCUUCCCAACGCCUUUGAAAGGCACUUUUUCUUUUUUAACAAUGUAUUUAUUCUUUGAAAUUUUAUCUGCAUGUACAAUGUAGCUUGACAGUAUUUAUACUUCACUCCCCUCCCCAACACUUGUUCCAACACUGCUCCCUCCGAACAGGUGACUGCUGUUUCUCACUGCUACUGUUUUCAUUUCUAAUAACAUUACUUUGCUUUUAUUUAUGUUAUGUUACCAUACUGGUAAUUUUUUUUUAUUCAAGACUACCCUUAGUUCUGCAAAAUUUUGUAAUAGUUCUUUCUUUUUUCCUAUAGGAAAAAACAUAAUCUUAACAACAAUAAAUAAUGAUAAAACUUCUACCUGAAAUACCAAUCCCAUCCUCAACCCCUGCUCUGCAGCUCUUUAAAUUGACCACCUGUAAUGUCUCUAGGUUGUGGUAUCUCUUGCUUCUAUUCCUUCCAUGUACUGCAUCCGGAAUUAAGAAUACAUCUUUUGUUUCUGA